AUGGCGUCUCAGCGGUUGGCGCUGAACCUGCAGCGGUCCCUUCGAAGCCGGCAAGCUUUGAAGGCCAUUCAAUCUCCUCUCCGACGCUAUGCCAACCCAGUCACUCCCACGAGAACCGAAAGCACCACUCUGUCGAACGGCCUGACGAUUGCGACCGAACAUUCGCCCUGGGCCCAGACUUCGACGGUGGGUGUUUGGAUCGACGCUGGAAGUCGAGCAGAAACAGACAAGACCAAUGGCACCGCUCACUUCCUCGAGCAUUUGGCUUUCAAGGGCACUGGGCGACGCAGCCAGCAUCAACUGGAGCUCGAAAUUGAGAACAUGGGUGGCCACCUGAACGCCUACACCUCGCGUGAAAACACCGUCUACUAUGCCAAGUGCUUCAAUUCCGACGUGCCCAAGACGGUCGACAUCCUUUCCGACAUCCUUCAAAACUCCAAACUCGAUCCUGCCGCCGUGGAGCGAGAACGUGACGUGAUUCUGCGAGAACAAGAAGAGGUGGACAAACAACUGGAAGAGGUGGUUUUCGACCAUCUACAUGCCACUGCAUAUAUGAACCAACCUCUGGGACGGACCAUCCUCGGACCCCGGGAGAACAUCGAGACGAUCUCUCGUACCGAUCUCGUGGAUUAUAUCAGCACCAACUACACGGCCGACCGCAUGGUUCUGGUUGGCGCUGGCGGGAUUCCCCAUGAGGAGCUGGUCAAGCUCGCGGAGAAAUCGUUUGGCUCGCUGAGAACCGCGCCAUUGACAUCGUAUGCUGCUGAUGUGGCGGCCGAGCAAAAGCGCAAGCCUGAAUUCAUCGGGUCCGAAGUCCGAAUUCGAGACGACACCAUUCCCACCGCUCACAUUGCCAUUGCGGUUGAAGGUGUCAGCUGGAAGGAUGACGACUACUUUACCGCGCUGGUGACCCAAGCCAUUGUUGGCAACUGGGAUCGGGCCAUGGGAAAUUCCCCAUACCUGGGGAGCCGACUGAGCACCUUUGUUCAUGCCAACAAUCUGGCCAACAGCUUCAUGAGCUUCUCCACCAGCUACAGCGAUACCGGUCUCUGGGGCAUCUACCUCGUUUCGGAGAACCUCACUCAACUUGAUGACCUGGUUCACUUUGCUCUUCGAGAAUGGACGCGACUCAGCUUCAACGUCACCGAGGCCGAGACGGAACGGGCCAAGGCGCAACUGAAAGCGUCGAUUCUUCUGUCCCUGGACGGAACGACCGCGGUGGCCGAGGACGUUGGUCGGCAGAUUGUGACCACCGGGCGACGAAUGGAGCCCGCCGAGAUCGAAAGAGUGAUUGGAGCCAUCACCGAGAAGGACGUGAUGCGGUUCGCGCAGAAGAAAUUGUGGGAUCAGGACGUUGCCGUCUCGGCGGUUGGUUCCAUCGAAGGCCUCCUGGAUUACAACCGGAUAAGAAACGAUAUGAGCCGCAACACGGUGUAG